AUGGCAUCGGAGUCAGGUCAAACUCCCAAUCCUUCUUGGUUUACGCCUAAAAGGCUUCUCUUGAUAUUUUGUAUCAUUAACAUGCUAAACUAUGUGGAUCGAGGAGCUAUAGCCAGUAAUGGUGUAAAUGGAACUCUUGCAACCUGUACUGAAUCUGGUAUUUGUACAGGUGGCAGUGGAAUUCAGGGGGAUUUUAACUUGAACAAUUUUCAAGAUGGAGUUCUGUCAUCUGCAUUUAUGGUUGGACUUCUAAUUGCCUCUCCAAUAUUUGCCUCUCUGGCCAAAAGUCACAAUCCAUUUCGGCUUAUUGGUGUUGGAUUGUCUGUUUGGACAUUUGCGAUAGCUGGAUGCGGUAGUUCGUUUGAUUUUUGGUCUAUUGCAAUAUGCCGAAUGCUAGUUGGUGUUGGUGAGGCUUCCUUCAUAAGUCUUGCAGCACCAUUCAUAGAUGACCAUGCCCCCGCUGCACAGAAAACAGCAUGGCUUGCUACAUUUUAUAUGUGUAUACCAGCUGGGACUGCUCUGGGCUAUGUUUAUGGUGGAUUUGUUGGAAGCCAAUUUAACUGGCGUGUAGCAUUCUGGGUUGAGGCAAUUUUGAUGCUUCCUUUUCCCAUUUUGGGUUUUGUAAUAAAGCCUAUACAAUUGAAAGGUUUUGCACCCUUGGAAUCCAAACAAACACUAGCAUCUGUUGAAACAAAUGUUUUAGAAACUGGAGAUGAUGGCAUACUCACUGAAGAUCAAGCCUCGUCAAUAGGAUCCAAGUCAGUAUCCAAAUUUUGGGAUCAAUUCACCAUCUUCUUAAAAGAUAUGCAAGAGCUCUUGCUUGACCAAGUGUAUGUUAUAAAUGUUCUAGGGUACAUAGCAUACAAUUUUGUCAUUGGAGCUUAUUCAUAUUGGGGUCCGAAGGCAGGAUUCAACAUUUACCAUAUGAGUAAUGCUGACUUGUUGUUUGGAGGCAUGACAAUCGUUUGUGGGAUUUUGGGGACAUUAGCUGGAGGCUUGUUUCUUGACAGGAUAUCAUCAACCAUCUCUAAUGCUUUCAAGCUUCUUUCUGGAGCAACAUUUCUAGGUGCAAUCUUCUGCUUCAUUGCGUUCCUUUUCAGGAGCUUGUCUGGUUUCGUAGUCUUCUUCUCUAUCGGUGAAAUACUGAUUUUUAUCACUCAGGCUCCUGUAAAUUAUGUUUCUCUCCGUUGUGUAAAACCUAGUUUGAGGCCACUGUCUAUGGCUGUAUCUACAGUUUCAAUCCAUAUCUUUGGUGAUGUGCCUUCCUCACCACUCGUUGGGGUCCUGCAGGAUCAUAUUAACGACUGGAGGAAGACAUCACUUUGUUUAACAUCCAUUUUCUUUCUUGCUGCUGUGAUAUGGUUCAUAGGAAUCUUUAUGAAGACUGUUGACGUAUAUGACAAUGAUGACGAGGAUCGAUCUGCCGCAACUAGAGGAGGGAAACUAACACCCUUGCUUGAAGGGAGCAGUGAUAAAUCAAUUCAAGUCUAA